AUGCCCAAAAAGCACAAGCGGUUUCACGCAAAGCCAGCCAAUUUAGCACAUCACAGCCUUGCACCAUCUGGGUCUCGUCAUGAUGGCGGGUCUGGGGUACACGGCUCCGCGUCAGCGACGACAGUCAACGACUUAAUCAGUCACCUCCGCCGUACACAGAUCCCUAGUGCUUCCUCGGAUGAUCCCCCAAGCUCGCAACGUGCUCACCGCUCGUUUGUAGCCUCGCGCUCAGUUCAUCCAUCUCUUCGAGAUGUUCUCGAGCUCCCUGCAACUGCGCCGCCGCGACCUCGCCCCGGCCCUCGUCGCACGAUAUUCGGGGUUCGUCCAACUCGGCCAACUGUCGGGCCUCCGCCGCCUGCGAGUUGGCUCUCCGGAAACACGGACUUAGCAAGAGAUCAAGGAUUGCACAACCAGAUACCGGAAACCCUAGAAGAAGAAAUUCACCGGCUGACCCGCCUCCAAGGGCCGCUGUUUCCGGACCAGAGGAGCCUGGUACAUCUGAUGCUGAAAUCUAUGGCUUUAAACUGGGCUUGGCAUGUUGAAUAUGAUGGCCCUUUUCUAUCCCAACUUCCAAAUCAUCUCAAGGAACUGCUGCUGAGUUAUAUUGCUGUCUACGCGAGAGGGUCGCCUCUAAGAGGGUAUAUGAAGGGGCUGAAACCGCUCUUUUUGACCCGACAGGAUCAGGAUCAAAUUGAAAAAGAGAACCCGGGUUUCAACGAUUCGGGAGUCGUUGAUGCGGAUUCCAAAAUCGUGCGAUUGGAUCUGGGAAAUGCUUUGGGAAACUGGAUAACUUUGAGGCAGCUCAUAAGCGAGAUGAUCCCAUCGCCAAAUCCAGCCAUGAGUAUACCAGGCGAGGAAAUAGAGGAGGUUGUCCCAGCUUCGUGGGAUGAAGCCGUUCACAAUGGCGGAGGGGAAGCUACGCUUGACCAUGUUGCAGCUCCAUCCAUACCCAAAGCCAUUCCGCAGACCCUACGCUUCCCCGAACUUCGCGCCUUAUCCCUGUCACACCCGAAACGCAGUGCUGCAAGCUGGACCGGUCUUUUGAACCUACUAGGGAAUUUUCCAACCCUCACUCACCUCUCGCUCGCCCAUUGGCCUAUGCCGUGCCGGAAUCCACGCGCUGCCACUGCUCGUAUUCGCGGUUCCACGGCCCGCUUCUUGACCCCAGAUGCCUUUGACAACAACUGGGCGGAAGCUGCGAGUAUUCUUCGUCAACUCUCCCGCUCGACCUACUGCCUGAAAUGGUUGGACCUCGAGGGCUGCGGCGAAUGGCUACCAGCCUUGAAAUGGGUUGGCGAAGACCCAGAUGGGUUCCCACAGAAUCCUGAUAAUGUUGGCCCAGAGUGGAACGGAUCUUGGAGAGAUGUCGAAUGGCUUGGGAUCGGCCCUGGCUUUAUUGAUUCGACGAAGUCUCACGACUCGUGUCAUGUGCCAUCGCAUGAAGUACCCACCCCGCAAACAAGCUCGUCGGGUUCUUCUGUCCAUGCAACUCACCUUCAAAAUGCGCGUGAUGUGAUGAGACACAUUCGGCAAAUACGGAAGGGCAGGAAAUGGCUCGAAAUUGAACUUGGGUUAGAGUUGGAAGACGUGGAACCUGAGAUAAUUAGAUUGCCGGAUGGGCAAGAACUGUCAGUUUAUUAG